AUGUCCAACUCAUCAUCCCUUCCACUCGCAGGAGUUCGAGUCGUCGAGCUGGCCGGCCUGGCUCCAGGCCCGUUCGCUGGACUUCUACUCGCAGACUAUGGCGCGUCAGUGCUGCGCAUUGAUCGGCCGAAUUCCGUCUCCACAGACCAGUUGACUCGCCGGAAAACGUCCAUCACGUUGGACCUGCGGGACAAAGCUUCGCACCGCCUCCUUCUCUCUGUACUGUCAAAGGCCGAUGUCCUGAUUGAUCCCUACCGUCCGGGCGUGCUGGAACGUCUGGGCCUCUCGCCGUCCGACGUACUCCUGAAACACAACCCGCGCCUGAUUGUGGCGCGCAUGACGGGCUUCCGUCGGGACGGCAAAUACAAAGAUAUGGCGGGCCAUGACAUCAAUUACAUCGCGGUGUCCGGUGUGCUGUCUAUGCUUGGCCGGAAGGGAGAACCCCCCUAUGCACCGGGCAACAUCCUGGGCGAUUUCGCCGGCGGAGGCGCCAUGUGCUUCCUCGGGAUCCUGCUGGCGCUAUUGGCGCGCGCACACACAGGACGAGGCCAGGUGGUGGAAGCCAACAUGGUAGACGGGUCCGCGUACCUGGCGACGAUGCCGCGACUGAAUCGGCAGACACCGCUGUGGAACCUACCCCGCGGCGAGAAUAUGCUAGACGGCGGCAGUCCCUUCUACGGCACCUACGAGUGCAAAGACCGGGGCAAGUAUUUUGCGGUCGGAGCGUUGGAGCCGCAGUUCUACGCGGCGCUGAUCAAGGGGCUGGGAUUUGAAACAGGGGAGCUCCCCGCACGGGAGGACAGGGCGAAUUGGCCCGCCCUGCGAGCCGCGUUUGAGCAGCGAUUCAAGGAGAAGACGCGGGCCGAAUGGGAGGCCAUCUUUGACGGCACAGAUGCUUGCGCAACGCCCGUGCUGGAGCAGGCGGAAUUGGAACAGAGUGGCUACGAGCAGAGGCCUGCGGUGCACCUGGUUGACACGCCCGGUCCUCCGAUCCCGGCUGACGACGGCGGAUGGACAGGAGGCGGGCUGUUACCCGGUACCGGCGGGCAGGAGACACUCAAGGCAUGGAUGGGAUGGGAGAAGGGACGGGACUUUGAGAUCCGAGGAGAUGGCGCAUUGGUGUGGAUCGAGGGAGGCAAGUCCAAACUGUAG